UGUGCCAAGUUUAACAACUUUUUGAGCAUGUUAAGGCCCUCAAAAAGGCGAAAAGGAAAAAGAAGAAACACUACAAUUUCAAUAGGACCUUCUCUGGCCCUAAUAAUUAGAAGAAGAAGAAGAAGAAGAACACGUGGCCCAAAUCAGACGCCAGGUAACCACGUGUCCAACACGUGUCCAGUAUUUGUGAAAAUACGGAAGCGUUAUUAGCAUUAAAGUGGCGUGCAAAACAGGAAGAUAAAGACAUUUUAAAGAAAGAAGUUUCCAGACCAAAGAAGUUGUGUUUUAUUCCCUGAAGAAGAAGAUGCCAGCUAGCAAGAGAGUUCUUCGACUAACUAAAUCCCAUGGAAGAGGAGAGGAGAGGAGUAAAAAAAACCAAAGGGGAGGCGAAGGGGAACGACGAGGAAAGAGGGAAGAGCGGACUCUUCUUGCAAAAAAAAAAAGGAAUUGGAGUUUGGAGCUGUGUUGGUGUUGGUUUGUCUUUUUACCCCAAAAGUGUGUGGAGUUGAAGCCGUCCCUGCAUGCGCCUCCUCGCAUAUACUCUGCAUAUCACAAGAUUUGGUCUCUCCUCUCCUCUCUCUUUUUCUGGAGCUGCUGUAGGACUGGCUAUGGCCACCGCUACUUCCGGGAUCCGUCAUUUCAUUCGCCCACCGCUCAGCAGCGCUGCGAACUGACUCUGUUUCUAUAAGCGAGCUAGCAGCCAACCUGCCAACACUCGCUGACACUCACUCAUCUCAGUCUCCAGCCAGAUACACCAAAUACCUACCGGAGGAGAGAUCUGAAUCGCAAUCUCUUAAUUUCUACUGCUUUUUUCUUCUUCUUUUUUUUUACUACAGUGAUAAUAAAACAAGAUAGCGAUCUGGAGGCAUUUUUAAAGGAGACGCAGGACUUGUGCUUGGGAUGAAAACGGACUAAAAAAAAAAAAGAUUCGUCCUUCUUCUUCUUCUUCUCUGAACAUCAUCACCAACCGUCAUUCAUUCAUUACCUUGACAACCUCUGGCUCUUGAUUGACAGCUGGAGUGGCAAAAAGCCAUGAGACACGACAGUUUAGUUACAUGCAGGUUGUUGUUGAUGGGCCGAUUGUUGUAGUAAAACCUUCUUCACUUUGGCGCAUUUUUUUUUUUGCUGCUUUUUUUUUUUGCAUUGCACGAGGAAAAAAGAAGAAGGGGAGAAAACAAGAAAAAAAUUGCAAAAAAAACUACCCCUCCGAUGCCACAACUGAACCACACUGGCGAAUAGGAGAAGAAGUCGCAAAGUUGGUUUGCAGAAAAAAGGGAUCUUGCGAGCUCUAAAUCACUUUUCUAAACGGGACUUGGGAUAUUAAAUAUACGACAGAUUCAGGAGUUUAUUGGAGCGCAGCCUGAUGGCGCAAAGGUACGAUGAGCUGGCCCACUACGGUGGGAUGGACGGAGUGUCGGCGUCGAUGUACGGAGACCCUCACGCUCCUCGGCCGCUUCCCCAGGUCCACCACCUGAACCACGGACCGCCGCUGCACGGACAGCACUACGGAGCUCAUGCUCCGCAUCCAAACGUUAUGCCCACCAGCAUGGGCUCUGCUGUCAACGACGUUUUAAAGAGGGAUAAAGAUCAAAUUUAUGGUCACCCUUUAUUCCCACUGCUCGCGCUGGUUUUUGAGAAGUGCGAGUUGGCGACGUGUACUCCGAGGGAGCCCGGCGUAGCAGGCGGAGAUGUCUGCUCCUCAGACUCCUUCAAUGAGGACAUUGCAGUCUUUGCCAAACAGGUCCGAGCAGAAAAACCUUUAUUUUCAUCAAAUCCAGAGUUGGACAAUUUGAUGAUACAAGCCAUACAAGUAUUACGGUUUCACCUCUUGGAAUUAGAAAAGGUGCACGAGCUCUGCGACAAUUUUUGCCACCGGUACAUCAGUUGUUUGAAAGGAAAAAUGCCAAUAGAUCUAGUUAUUGACGAACGGGAUGGCAGCUCGAAGUCAGAUCACGAAGAGCUCUCGGGAUCGUCGACUAACCUCGCAGAUCACAACCCAGCUUCCUGGAGAGACCAUGAUGACGCCACCUCCACACACUCAGCCGGCACACCGGGGCCCUCCAGCGGGGGACACGCUUCACAGAGCGGCGACAACAGCAGCGAACAAGGAGAUGGCUUAGACAACAGCGUUGCAUCGCCUGGCACAGGAGACGAUGACGAUCCAGACAAGGAUAAGAAGAGGCAGAAAAAGCGUGGCAUUUUCCCCAAGGUGGCCACUAACAUCAUGAGGGCGUGGCUGUUCCAGCAUCUCACGCACCCAUACCCCUCUGAAGAGCAGAAGAAGCAGCUAGCCCAAGACACAGGCCUCACCAUCUUACAAGUAAACAACUGGUUCAUUAACGCCAGGAGAAGAAUAGUACAGCCCAUGAUUGACCAGUCAAAUCGAGCAGGUUUUCUUCUUGAUCCUUCAGUGAGCCAAGGAGCAGCAUACAGUCCAGAGGGCCAGCCGAUGGGCAGCUUCGUGCUGGAUGGUCAGCAACACAUGGGGAUCCGACCGGCCGGUCUGCCAGGCAUGCCGGGGGAGUACGUACCUCAGAGCGGUCCUAUGGGCAUGAGCAUGGCCCCACCUACUUACACCACCUCUCAUCAGAUGACCUCCCACCCCUCCCAGCUCCGACAUGGACCCCCUCUCCACGCGUACCUGCCCGACCACCCCCACGCCCACCACCCUCAUCACCACCCCCACCACGCCAUGCUGAUGCAUGGAGGACCCUCGUCGCACCCAGGAAUGACCAUGUCUGCACAGAGACCCCCUUUGCUCACUCCCAUUGACCCCAGUACUGGAGGACAAGGCCUGGACAUCCAUGCCCAAUAGUAUAAGGGAACUUUGCUACCACGACAACAGCAGCUACUACAAGAAAAAAAAAAGAAAAAAAGAAAGCAGCAGCCCACAAUAAAUCCUAUUUUGAGACUAUUUUUAAGAAUAAAAACGCGAACCCUUUUGACCAGAAUUUGACACGAAAGAAACAGAAUUCCAGAUGAGCUGUGAUAAUUCUUUUUUUUUUUUUUUUUUUUUUUAGACUUGUCAAUUUUGUUACUUUCAUCCAAAACGGAGGACCAAGCUGACAAGAACACUUUGUAAAGUCUUGGGCUUUUGGUAAAGAUCAACAGAGGAUGUUUUGACGUGUGCAAAAGAACGGACACAUGCGCACACACUCCAAAACACACUUUUUCGCACUCACACACCGUCAUAAACAUGUUCAGUACACUUUCAUGUGACGCGCUUCUAAAAUAAAAAUCACUCUGGAAGAUUUAAAAAAGAAACAACAGAAGGACUCCAAGAGUUAUAACUACUGUAGUAUAAAAAGUAUAGAUAAAUAAGUUAAAACUUGUGCAUUUUUCGUUGAUCACAUGGUUUAUGUUUCCUGAGCUAGUUUUAGAAUUAAAGGUUAACCUUUUCUCUCUCACACUGUGUGUGCUCCUUCCUGGAGGAGAAACUGUCUCGCAGCACAGCACUAUAAAAGAAAAAAAAACAAGAAGAUGGAACAUCUCAAACCAUAGAGGGCAAUCAGGUCCUGUCCCCCAUAAGAACAGGGCAUGAUGGGAAAAGGCUGCUAAAUGACACCGGAUCUCUCCAGAAGAUUCAGUUUGAACAUUUGUCAUGCCCCUCUUUUUUUUUUGGUUCAUGAAUGAAUGUUGCCCUGUAGGUUUUAAAGGAAAAAAAGUUCUUUGUUUGAAUUGCCCAAGCACUGGAUUGUGUUGGUUUUAUACAUUUUUAUUUUAAUAUUAUUUUAUUUUUUUGUACCCUGGACUCUCAUUGGUAAGAGCCUAUUGAAGGAAGCUUAAUAGUGGAAAAGCAACAUCCUACGGCGCUUCUUUAUCUGCGGAUCAACACUCUUGCCAUAAGGACAAUACUGACACAAACGUUGAUUCUGCGGCACUGGAGAAGCAUUUGAUGGUUGAUGCACCAAAAAACCUAAAACUAAAAAAAAAAAAAAAGGAAAAAAAAACUUAAAUUAUGAACUCAAUGCUUUUGGGGGGGGGAAAAAGCUGAGAGAAUAUUGUAACAAACUUCGUACAGAGUUCAGUCUAUUAAUUGUUUCAUGUUAGAUAUUCUAUGUGUUUACCUCAAUUGAAAAAGAAUGUUUUUGCUAGUUUCAGAUCUGCUGUGGCAUUGAUAUUGUAUGUCCAUGAAUUCCUUCCUUUUUCAGCACGUGUUCCUCACUAGAUGAUAAGAUGCCGUCUCCCUUAAGCUUUGUCAAAAAUACAUUAAAUACUUGUAUGAGGACUGUGACGUAAUGUUUAAAAGGUGUUCAGUCACAAAUGCUGUAAUAAAUAUUUCAUUUUUGAUUUU